CCCCACCAAUUCCCAUGCAGAGUUGUCGAAAAAGCGGGAGUGAUUCUCAACAGUAUUUUCUCCAUUUACACGUGAAUUUAGGCAGUACACAGUCUUGUACCGCCAAAACGAAUCUCGAACAUUUUCUGUUGAUAAAAACAAAUAGAGACAUAAAUCAAUCCGAUCGUCUCGAAAGACGCAUCACUUGAGAAAAUCAGCUUCAAAGUUACACUCGUCCAGCCUUACACCUGUUACAAAAUGAAUAGAGCUAAAAAAACACCGGCCUCUCAGAACAUCCAAAGAAAAGAGAGCAAUGGCAACGAAAGUCAACCUGGUCCCAGCAGUCAAGCUAACCAAUCACUACGUCAAUAUGGCAAUAGAAGUUCCACACGUAACAAAUUAUUGCAAAACUCGCAGGACAUAUUGUCACAAAACGUAUCGUCACAGCAAAACAUGCAGGUGCAAGAAAAAAUGCAGAUGACCAGUGGAGUGAUAAAAUAUCUGCUGAUGGCAGAUCGAAACAAACAUCCUAUACUAAAGUCCCAUAUUAUUAAAAACAUACAAUGUAAUGCUAAGGACUAUCAGUUAAUUAUGAAAGAAGUAGAGACACAAUUAUUUAUGGUUUUCGGAUAUAGGCUGAUACAAGUUGAGGGGAAUAAGUACAUAAUGGUGAAUGAAGUUAACAAUUAUCUUCCACAUCUCAAUUUCAAGAAAAGUGCUAAUACACAGACACUGUUGUUUCUUGUGCUUGUGCACAUUUUUAUGAUCGGUGAAUCGUCCAAAGAAGAAGUAUUGUGGGAUUUCCUUCGCAAUCUGGGCAUCGUAACGCAAAACAACUAUGUACAUGAAUACUUUGGCGACGUAAAGCAGUUGGUGACGGUUGAUUUUGUAAACCAGAGAUAUCUCGAGAAAAUAAUACCAGAUAAAAAUGAUCCAACAAAGGUUGAAUACAAAUGGGGCUGUCGUGCACUAAAUGAGAUCACGUUUCGUUCCGCUUUGGAAUUUGUCGCAACUAUAUACGAUAUGUCUCUAAAUAAGUGGAAGUUACAACACAAAGCUGUGAAGGAGCAAGAACGACUAAAAGGACGAGAAGCAACAUAGGAAAUCGAACAUAAUGCUCAAAGAACAUUGCGUACAAUUACAUAUGAUUCCAGUGAACGCGGAGCUCCGGAAGUCAGCCGGCGAAUUCGCCGAAUUUCUUUCGGACGGAGUUAGUGGGCCACGUCCAUGCGUUUACCUCGCCUUUUACGCCCUUACGAGCGGCGACGAGGAGCAGCAGCGCAGAGAGGGAGGGAGGAGGGUGCGUGCGCGCGACCCUCUCCGCGUUCGCGCGUCUCGCCGCGCCGCUCCGCGCGAACGGAAUCUGUGUCGCGCCGGGUCGGUCGCCUGGAUCGGCGGCGCGCCACUCCUGUCAGUGUCCACCCAGCCUCGCUGUUCGGCGGCCGCCGAGCGCCGCUCGCUCGCUCGCCCGCGCGUGUCUGUCCCGUGGGUCAUCGUCGUCGUUACUACCACUAUCACCAUCAUCACUACCACCACCACCAUCACCACCGUCGCGUAGCGACGCGUCGCGAUUUUCGCCGCGGCUGAGCCGCGUGCACGCAAAUCCGCGACUUCGCGCGCGCCCCGUGCGUCAACACACUGCCCCGCUGUUCUCGAGUACGCGGUCGAUAGCUCGGUGAAACUCUAACUUCGAGUACGUUGCACUUUCCCCGCGGGAAAAAUCAAGACCGCAUCGAACGCUCAUCUCCUCGACGAUAAACGGAGAUACGAUUUCCUUAUCUCGCGGCGGGGGAGCGUGGUGAUUUUUCUCUUCUUUUUUUUUUCUUUUUUUCACGAUUUUUCCCCACGAAUAUAAACGUUCUGUUGUUCUUUCUUGAUUCGCGUGUGGAGACGACUUUUCUUUUUUAUACGCGUGAAAAGUAUGCGUUUGAUUGGAAGUCAAAUCGUUACUCGUAUCUUCACCAGCCUCGUUAAUGUGG